UGUAAACUGUACUCACCAAGAAAUUAUACCUUGCAACAGAUGAUUUCUAUAUAGGUACUAAGCCAUACCAGGAUACUAACGCUGCAAUCCAUUCUGUCACACGACUCCAGCGUUCCUCCAGUCAAUUCAAGGUGUCGAAUAUGCGCCUCCAGGCAAGUCCGGUGAGGUCCAGCACAGCCCUUCCAUGAUGCAGGGCACUGCAGCAUCACAAGCCUCAUGGAGUCAUGGCUGCUAACUUCAAAAGCCAGCAGCUGAGUCUAGAUUUCGAGAGGGUUUUAAAGUCUUGCAGAUAUCCUUUCCUGUCCAUGUAGCUUUUGUUUCGAGUUCUCGGCUUUUUUCUUCGUCUCUUUCAAGUCCAGCGCUUUGUUUCACCUGCUAUUAUUCAUAGAUGGCAUCCAGAGAAGAAAAGCUCGCCACCUUUGCAGACCCGUCCAUCGUCUCAUCUCAUUCGUUAAACAUCAUCGAGGGCUGGAUCGACUCGCAACAACGUCUACAAGCACAACGAGGCAAAAUCUCCUUCCAUAACCUUCCCCGCUUCCUAGACGGUACCUCCAGCCCGAUCGUCCCCCAAACCCAUUCUUCCCGUCGACGUUUCCGCAUCAUCUCCUUCCCCCGCCUCGAAAAUGGCCGUCUCAAACUGGGCUUCCCCCAACCCACCUAUCACCAAAUCCGACAAUCCUGGUGUCUCCACGACCUCACCCUAGAAGCCUUCCUAAACAACAACGGCAUCCUCUCCAGCCUCGAGACGCAGGACACCACCUGUAUCCUCAUGAAAGUCGCCGCAUCCCGCUCCACCGGCUUCGAUACCGUCUCCAUCUCGCACCACCGCGCCGCGAACCUCACCAAUGUGCUCUACUACAGCCUCGAAAACGAAGACGGGGUGUUUGACGCCCUCCUACAACACCCAGAGCGCUGCCUGCAGCCGUCGUUCUUCGCCGCGGUGCUCUACCGCUGCCACCAGCAGCGCAUCGAGCGCUUUCGGGUAAUUCUCGACGAUGAGAUCGUGGGGGUGGAGCGGGGCUCGAAGUUCGGGGGGCCGGGGCGGUUGUUUGGGCAUCGGUAUCGGCAUGAAGAACCGGUCGUGGAGAUGCAGGGGGAUAGCAUGACGAAGAAGUUGAGUUAUGUGCAGACGGAGUUGGCGGUGUUGGGGCAUUUGGCGCGGUCGAGUUUGGAGAUGGGGGGGUGGUUGGUGGAGAUGGCUAGGCAGGAGCGGGAAGGGGGGCUGGAUACGGACGCGAGUGCCGUGACGGAAGAAAAGGGAGAGAAGGAAUUGGGGAUGCGGAUGUCGGAGAAUGUGAGGAAGACCCUCGAUGAGGCGGAAUACGUGCGCCGGCGUGCAGCGACUGUCGUGUCGCAGAUCCAAGCUGUCAACGAUCGAGUGCAGAGUCAGACGACCUUCCUCCUCAACAGCUCCCUCCACAACCAAACUGACUACACCGCCGCCAUUGCCCUCGAGACGAAAAAAGACAGCUCCGCCAUGAAAGCCAUCGCGGCGCUGACCAUCGUCUUCCUCCCCGGCACCUUCGUGGCGACGGUGUUCAGCAUGAAUAUAUUCGACUGGAGCGGCGGUGAGGGUGCCGAGCCGCGCAUGUCGAAGUAUAUCUACGUGUAUUGGAUCGUCACGAUUCCCUUGACGCUAUUAGUGAUGUUCGCCUGGUGGGUUUGGCUUAGGAGGGAUCUGGGGAGGUUUCGGAAUGUGAGGAGCUUGAGUGACUUGCGGACGAUGGAGAAGAAUGUGUAGGGCUACGACUCUUAUGAUCUAUAGAUGGAUGGACUAGGGAGGCAUUAUACAAACGAAGAUAAGGUAAG